CUUCUUUGAGACGUCGCUCGGGAAGGUCGUGUUCGCGCAUCGUUCCGCUCAAGUUCGGCUCAGCUUCGGUUCGCGCUCGUAUCUGUGCAGUUGUAUCCCCAGAGCCAUUUGGCCGUGAUCGCGAUCGCUGCAAGUGCCACUGUGUGAGUGCGCAGGAUUGAGAUAAAGCCCAGGACUCCAGGCGAAACUUGGCCGAAAACUGCAAUUAAAGUGGCACCAAUAAUAGCUGAAAUUCAAGAGAUAGAGCGAGCGAUUUACUGCCACUGUGCCCCCUCCCCCCAAUUCAGCAAUAAAAAUUGGAUUAAUUCUCUGCACACUUCAAAUACAGCCUCGCAGGCAAUUAAGGAAGUGAUUCGUGGCCAGAGCUCUUCGUGGACGUUGUCGCGAUGCGGUGCAGCAUGCAACCGAACGAAACCGCCUGAAACGCCGCUGUUAGAGCGUCAACAGCAAUUGAAAUAAUUGCCAUUGGAGCAGCACAGACCAAUAACCGCCGGACCCACGAGCACAUACCCAAACAUCCCACCAUCGCCAACGCCAACGUUGUUUGCAACCCAUCCCAGCACCCGGACCAAUUCAACUGGCAACGAAACCGGCAACUUGCCACACGAGCUACCUACCACUGAGCUAUCGGCGGCAGGCACACAGAUUGCCGCAAAUCCAGCUGAAUUGUAACAGAGCCGCCGCGCCGAGCCGCGCCGGAAAAUCAGAAAAUCAGAAAAUCGGAAAAUCCCAAAAGCCGAUACCCAGGCCAAAAUCCAGUGGGGAGAUCAAUGAACGCAGCACGCAGCUGACAGCACUUGGAAUCCACUUUUGCAGCAGAGCAGCCAGCGGAGCGUAGGAAAAGCGAAACGGACCAGCUCAGUUGGGACCGGAUCGGAUUGGGCGGCAUUCGGUGCGUUCAGCGUUUGGUUUUCAAGUUCAGGCGGCGCUGAGCAGGAAGUUGUGCGGCUGCACCUUAAUUGGAGCCAGUGUCAUUACCACCACCCGACAACCACCAUUCACCGCCGCUCAUCCUGCUCGAUGUAAGAUGUUAGUGGCCACCGACAGAAACAAUACCCACACCACCACCAUCAGCCGGAGCACACGCAACACGUGGAGAUGGAGCCGUCUGGCGUUGGCCGUUAGUCUCUGCGCCUACUGCUGCUGCGCCUCGUCCGCGGCCACGCCCACCACCUCGGUGACCACGGCCGCCCUCCUCACCGGCCACCAGCUGCUGCCCUGGCAAACGGCAGCGGCGACGGCGGCGUCGGCGGCCACCACGCCCUCCACCGCACGCAAUCUCUAUGCGCCGCACCAGAGCUUCAGCCGGCAGGACGACAUCAGCUUUAAGGACCUGCGCCAGCGCAACGACGGCACGGUGGUGCAGUCCUUCGGUUCCUAUCGCACCGCCCGUCAGUUUGGUGGCUUCUCCACCACUGCCCAGCGGCGAUCCGACCCCGCCGUGGAGAUCAUUCCCGCUCCAUCCGUGGAACUGCCGCAGGGUGAGCUCAUCACGGUGCCCAAGCAGUUGGUGCCCACGAUGCCGGAGAAUGUGACGCGUCAGGGUCGCCGGCGCAACUACAUGUACAUACCGCUGCAGACGGAUGCGGAUAAUGGAUCCACGGCGCUGUUGCAACUGCGUCCCAGCCGGAACGCCACGCUCUCCACGCUGGGACCUCCGGCCGAUGGAGUGGCCGCCGCGGCCCAUGAAUUUGGCGCCGAGCUGGCCAUCCAAGGAUCUGGAGGGGAGCAGCAACCUCUUGCAUUGGAACUGGGUCCCGAGCGAACUGAACGCAGCGAUCUCCUGGCUGCCGCGAGCUCCACGGACAAGCUGGAGUACGCCGAGCCGGAGAACACCAGUCGUCGGGUGGGCUUCCAAUUUCCCAGCUACAGCCUGAAGCCCGCCAGCCCCUUCCACCCGCAGGCCUACCGCGAGGACAACCCCAUAUUCGGGGACACCAGUGCCGGAGGCUAUGAGCCCCAGCCGUACAGCGAGGACGCAUCUCCCGUUCCACCGCCCACUCAGUACGAGCAGCACGAGACGCGGCACACCCGGCAGCUCUACUUUGACUCGGACACGGCUUCGUCCUCCAGCUUCGAGUUUCCCGGCCUGGUGAGCAACUCCAAGCCGCACGGCCUCAAGCUCUACCGCGACGACGUGACCAAGUUCGGGGACAUCAAUGGACCGAUCACCGCACUCCCGCAACAGCGACCCCAGAGAGGCUUCUACUUCGGCGACACUGAGUUCCGCACUGGUCCUCCUGCUCCGGUCCGCCAGUUUGGGCCGCAGAAGAAUUUCCAGGAGUACGUGGGACCCAGCGAGUACCAGGGAACCCGCAAGAGCCGCUACUACCCCUACAAGUCCUCUCGCAGUCCACGGGUCGUCUUCCCCACCAACGACAACGUGGGCACCACCGGACCCAGUGGACCCGCCGGCGGCAGCAGCGGUCCCUCCGGAAACGGAGUCUACUUCAGCGAUAACAUUGCUUUCAGGGACCAGAACUUUGGCAUCAACGAACUGGCCGCCGUGCAGGAUGUGCGCAAUGACUACAGUCUGCAGGAGCUGGACAGCGCCUCGGAGGCGACCAGCAGUCCGCAGUCGGCGAGCACGUUCAAGGAGAAAGGCUGCGGCAUUUCGCUGGCCAAGCAGACCGCCCAGCGGCGCAUUGUGGGCGGCGAUGAUGCGGGCUUCGGCUCCUUUCCCUGGCAGGCCUACAUCCGCAUCGGCUCCUCCCGGUGCGGAGGUUCGUUGAUCUCGCGCCGGCACGUGGUCACCGCCGGCCAUUGUGUGGCCCGGGCCACUCCGCGCCAGGUGCAUGUCACGCUGGGCGAUUACGUGAUCAACUCGGCCGUGGAGCCGCUGCCUGCCUACACCUUCGGCGUCCGCCGGAUCGACGUGCAUCCGUACUUCAAGUUCACGCCGCAGGCCGACCGCUUCGACAUCUCCGUGCUGACGCUAGAGCGCACCGUGCACUUCAUGCCCCACAUAGCUCCGAUUUGCCUGCCCGAGAAGAACGAGGACUUCCUGGGCAAGUUUGGCUGGGCCGCCGGCUGGGGAGCUCUGAACCCGGGCUCCCGGCUGCGUCCCAAGACGUUGCAGGCCGUGGAUGUGCCCGUGAUCGAGAACCGGAUCUGCGAGCGCUGGCACCGGCAGAACGGCAUUAAUGUGGUCAUCUACCAGGAGAUGCUCUGCGCGGGCUACCGCAACGGAGGCAAGGACUCGUGCCAGGGCGACUCCGGAGGACCUUUGAUGCACGACAAGAACGGGCGCUGGUACCUUAUUGGUGUGGUCUCUGCUGGUUACUCCUGCGCGUCCCGCGGCCAGCCGGGAAUCUAUCACAGCGUCAGCAAGACCGUGGACUGGGUGUCCUAUGUCGUCGGACUCACGAUGAACAUCUAACUUAUUCUCAUCGCAAUCGCAAUCGCAUUCGCACCUGCCUGCUAAGUGGGCCACAGAUUGUUUUGUACAUAACUCACUUCAUUCUGCUCCUGCUCCUUGCUCCGCUUCCGAUCCACGCCGCCUAAUUUAUGGUUACACAAGAAAUACAAUUUAGCUUAAGAUAUAAAUUAGCGCAGUACAAGUUAGCAGUUAGGACUCUUAGUGUGUAUCUAUGAGAUAGAUACACGCGUGUGCGAAAUAUCUGCAAACACAUAAGCCUUAAAUUAAUUAUAACUGAUAAUUACGGUUUAAUUUACUUAGUCAUAUGCGCUGUUAUGUAAUUUUAAAACUAUUU